AUGAAUUAAGACUCAUAAUUUUAAUAGAGUUAAGAUUUUAAAUGUAAAGAUCAUCCUGAAAAACCUGUUCAAUUUUGGUGUAAAUUAAAUAAUUGCAAUGAGAAUCGAAUUUUCUGUCUGAAUUGUCAAAAAUAGAAUAAACAUGUCUAACAUUAUGAUGAAGAUGUACUUAGUAUUCAUGAACUACAUUAAUUUUUAAUUGAAAAAUCAAAACUUCCUAAAGGACUCAUUUCAGAAUGUCAAAUUUCAUUCUAAUCAACAAUCAAAUCAUAUGAGAAACUUAUGUCUGGUUUAUCACAUAAGUUCUGCGGAUUAGAAGAAAAAAUUACUAAAUUAAAACCUUAUUAAACAUAAUAAGCACUUGAUUCUUUGAUUAGCUUUGAUGAAUUUAAGAAUCAUUUGAAUACUAACAUUUUAGGAUUGUUAUAAAAUUAAAAAAGAUUUUAAAUGAUCUUUUUACUAAAUUAGAAUUACAUCUGA